UUAUUGUUUUGAAUUCUUUUGGUUUAAAUAUUUCAUAUUUCACUAAAGGAAACUUGAAUGUUAAUCAAAGAAAAUAAGGAAUUAAAGCAAGCCAAAGAGAGUAGAAUUAUAAAUGAUCAAAUACAGAUCAUCCAUAAUUUAUUUUCGUUUCAACAUUAAUCCUCUAAUUUUUGCUUUUCAAAAGCUGUUCUCUAAUAUUAAAGGAAAUAUGGAAGGGUCUCAUGUGGAAAAUAAGCCGACCCUUGAUGCAACUACAGAUCAAAUUGAAAAGCUGCUUAAAAGGCUAACAGAAGCUGAAAGAAGAUCCAAAUUACUAAAUCGUGAAGUAAAAGAUAUUAGAUCUCAAAUUGCCAUUUUAAAGCAGAGUGCAACUGAUUUUUUAGAUUCUGCAAGUAACAAUGCAAUUGGAAACCAUAUUGGUAUAGUUAGGGAUUACAGUACAUUAGCUUCUACAAGCAGUAACAUUGGGCAAUCAAAAAGACCUAGGGAUGAAGAAUCAGAUUUAAAUAAUCACCAACAAAAAAGGCCUAGAGAUGACAUUCCCCAGGAUUCAAAUGGAUAUGCUGUUGCAUAUACAGAUGGAGCAUGCGAAAACAACGGAAGAGCAAACGCCAAAGCUGGAAUUGGAGUUUGGUUUAGUAAUAAUUGUCCUUUAAAUAUUUCCAAGCCUGUUGUAGGAAGAGCAACUAAUAAUACCGCAGAAAUCCAAGCGCCGGUAGAAGCCCUCAAGGUUCUAUUCGAUUUAGGUUAUUCAAAAGUUAAGAUAGUAACUGACUCUCAAUUUACCAUAAAUUGUAUGACUAAGUGGAUGCCGAAAUGGAAAAGUAACAACUGGAAAUUGGCAAAUGGUGGGCCUGUUAAAAACAAGGAAGAUCUAAUCAAACUCGACUCAAUGUGUAAAAAAUUUAAAGAAAUUAAAUGGGAAUACUGUGAAGGUCACAAAGGCAUUUUAGGGAAUGAGGCAGCCGAUAAGUUGGCAAGAGACGGAGCUCAGAGAUAUGUUAAUAGCUAAAUAUCUAUUUUAAUUUUUAUUUAUUUUAAUAUUAUCGCAGUAAUAAAUAAGCGAUUUAAUCCCUUAAAUUGUA